AUGGCGGCCCCGGAUCAUCCAGAAGGCGCUCAGGGAGGCCAGCAAAGUAUGCUGGCAAGCCAGCGCGCAAAGGAGCAAGGAGAGGCACAAGGUCGCUUCUCCAAAUGGUUCCCGCUGUCAGCAAAGGCAGGCUUCGAGCAGUGGUGGGCUGGUCUCUCCCCUAUGGCAACCGAACACCGCGUCCUCUCUUUUGUCCCCCACCUCCAGAGCCCACCGACACACACGCAAACGGGCGCCGCCUCAGGCUCUGCAGUGCCUUCGUCCGUCGACCUGAAUGCGCCACCGAAACACCCCGAAGACCACACCACGACUACUGCGGCCAACGACCCUUAUGGCCCACGACGAUGGAACUCGCAGAUGGUCGAGUUGAGUGGCAAGGAUCGCGCGCUCAAUGAGUUUUCUGUCGAGCGCUUGGGUGAGGAGGUGGAGAACAAUCUGGUCAUGUUGCAUGGCUAUGGUGCUGGAUUGGGCUUCUUUUAUCGCAACUUUGAGGCCAUAUCGCGUGCCGAGGGUUGGAAGGUCUAUGCACUGGAUCUGCUAGGCAUGGGACGAAGUAGCCGGCCGCCGUUCAAGAUCCACGCCAAAGACAAGGAGGGCAAGAUUGCAGAAACCGAGUCGUGGUUCGUGGACGCGCUCGAGGAAUGGAGGAUCAAGCGAGGGUUGGAGCGCUUCACACUGCUGGGCCAUAGUCUGGGUGGAUACCUGGCUGUGGCCUACGCAUUGAAGUAUCCGGGCCAUCUGAACAAGUUGAUCCUGGCUUCCCCAGUGGGCAUACCAGAAGACCCAUAUGCAGUCGAUGAGGAGAUGCCCGGACCCCAGGAUUCAACCAUGGCGAACGAGUUUACCCAGGACGCUGCCGAGACGAACCAAAGCGGGGUGCAGGCGUCAACUGCGGAUAAAAACAAUUUCAUGAACCAGCAAAAGGGGGGGAAAGCCCCAGCAAAAGACGGCAAGGAGCCACCCAAACGACGAUUACCAUGGUGGUUGUAUUCACUCUGGGAAGCAAAUAUGGUAUCUCCCUUUACCUUUGUCCGCUGGUCAGGACCUCUUGGACCGCGUCUUGUGUCGGGAUGGACAUCACGUCGGUUCUCACAUUUGCCCGAAGAGGAAGCGCAGGCACUGCACGACUACAGCUACGCUCUGUUCCGCCAGCGCGGUAGUUCAGAGUAUGCGCUGUCAUACCUCCUAGCCCCCGGUGCGUUUGCCCGCAGCCCUCUGAUUCGGAGGAUACAGGGCGUAGGGCGGCAGUGGAUACAAGCACAUGACACGCCUUUUGUGGAUGGCGAUGCCCCACCAAACCAAUCUGCAAGCUCUGAACCGGCCGCGCAGCGCGAGAAGGGUUUCCCUGUCAUCUUCAUGUACGGAGAAAAUGACUGGAUGGAUGUUGCGGGCGGGUUCGCUGCGGAGGAGAAGAUGAAACAGGAGCGUGAACGCAUAUUGGCAAAGGCAUCGCCCGAGGAGAAGAAGCAAGAUCAUGGCAUUGCCAAGGUCAUCAUCAUCAACAAGGCGGGUCACCAUGUGUACCUGGACGGGUGGGAGCAGUUCAACCGGGUGAUGUUAGAGGAGAUGGAGGAAGUCAGGCGGAGAGAACAGGAACGAAGACGCGGAUAG